AUGGCUGAAUCGCCGGCAUGGAUGUUUACAAAGGCGCUUUCACAUCGACAGAAGGUGUGCCGGCUCUACAAGCGCUCGCUUCGUGAGAUCGACAACUGGUACGGAGGCAGCUUGCUGGAGGUGCGCUUUCAGAAGGUCAUCAUGAGGGCUCGAUUCGACGCAAACAAGGAAGAACAAGAUACGAGGAAGUCUCAACUGCUAUUGGCUGAUGGAUGUCGACAACUUUGGGAAAAGCGCCACUUUAAGCCCUUCCGAUUUGCAAUGGAUCCCGGAGGUUCUUCCUACGAUCGUGAACGGGAGUCGAGGGACGACAUCUUGGACAGUACGCAAUGGACACUACCAGAGAAAGAACAAUUCCCGUACUACUUCAAUCGCCGUGAGCAACGCAAGAAAGAAUUGCUUCAGCAUUGGUCCAAGAUUGAGAAGGACUGGGAUGAGCAAAUCUCAUCGAUUCAAACGAAACUGCCUGACGAGAAAACGAUUCAGAAGAAUUAU